AUAGGGAAGCAUUGGGCCAGGCAACCUGCGCAGGUGCAGAGAGGGAGGGAGGCAGGAGGAGGAAGAGGAGGGGGCUCCCACUGGCUGGCUCCUCCUUUUCGGGGAGGGGGCUCUCCUUGCUGGAAGGAUGGACUUCAACAUGAAGAAGCUGGCCUCCGACGCAGGGGUCUUCUUCACCAGAGCUGUCCAGUUCACGGAAGAGAAGCUGGGCCAGGCGGAGAAGACCGAAUUAGAUGCGCAUUUUGAGAACCUCCUGGUGCGCGCGGACAACACCAAGAACUGGACGGAGAAGAUCCUGCGCCAGACGGAGGUCCUGCUGCAGCCGAACCCAAGCGCCCGAGUCGAGGAGUUCCUCUACGAAAAGCUAGACCGGAAGGUCCCCUCUCGGGUCACCAAUGGCGAGCUCCUGGCCCAGUACAUGACCGAGGCUGCCAAUGACUUCGGACCAACGUCCCCCUAUGGGAAAACCCUCAUCAAAGUGGGCGAAACGGAGCGGCGCUUGGGAGGCGCCGAGCGGGACUUCAUCCACUCCUCUUCCAUCAACUUCCUGAACCCGCUCCGUAACUUCCUGGAGGGCGACUGGAGGACCAUUUCGAAGGAGAGGCGGAUCCUGCAGAACCGGCGCUUGGACCUGGACGCCUGCAAGGCCCGGCUCAAGAAAGCCAAAGCCGCUGAAGCCAAGGCCGCGUGUGAGGGAGAUGCCGUGCCCGACUUUAACGAGACUAGACCGCGUAAUUACAUUCUCUCUGCCAGCGCCUCUGCGCUGUGGAGCGACGAGGUGGAAAAAGCGGAACAUGAGCUCCGGGUGGCUCAGACGGAGUUUGACCGGCAAGCGGAAGUGACCCGCCUCCUCCUCGAAGGGAUCAGCAGCACCCAUGUCAACCAUCUCCGCUGCCUCCAUGAGUUUGCAGAAGCGCAGACCACCUACUAUGCCCAGUGCUACCAGUACAUGCUGGACCUCCAGAAGCAGCUGGGCAGUUCCAGAGGAGAAAUGCUUCCAGGGACUUUUGUGGGCAACGCGGAGUCCGCCUCUCCUCCGCCGGACAAUGCUUCCCCUACUGUUGCCGCCGCCGCCUCUUCCGUCGCAGGCCCAGCCGUGCCCACCAUCCCGGUUGUGCCCACCGCUGUCGGUGCCCCGGGGUCCGCCCCGUCCGUGGAAGCGCUCAACGCCAGCGACGUGAAGCCCCCGGCCAGUGGCACCCGCAAGGCCCGCGUCCUCUACGACUACGAGGCGGCCGACAGCAGCGAGCUCUCCCUUCUCUCUGACGAGAUGAUCACGGUGUACAGCCUCCCAGGGAUGGACCCCGAUUGGCUCGUAGGCGAGAGGGGCAACCAGAAGGGCAAGGUCCCCGUCACCUACCUGGAACUGCUCAGCUAAGCGGUCCCCCUUCCUCGACAUCGUUUUUUUCCCUCCCCAAAAAAGGGUCUUGAUCCAAGACCAUUUGCUCGUUUCAGGUCGGAUUAUAUUUUUCCCCCCUCUUCACUUUGGUUCGAGGCCGCACCGAUGACGAGUUGCAACAAGGCUUUUGGAACGGACUCUCUUCUUUUUCCUCUGCUCGCUGCACCCACUUCGUACCGCCGUCGUCGGGCUGACGUCUUCUUGUCCGUUUUGUACAUUCCGAGCUUAAUUCGUUCCCCACUUUCGGCCCUAACUGUACUCGAGAACUGUGAAUCGUAGAUGGAGAAGGAAGACUCGUCCCCAGUUGGCGAGAUGAAAUUCCAAAGAAAGGGAUGAACGCAACCCCGAAAGGAAGGAUGGAGAUUCGCCGUCUUUUGUUGCUUCCUUCCACGGCUGAUCCAAAGAGCAUUCUCUCUGCACGCUUUUUAAUUUAUUUUCGUCUCACCGGACUUGGAUGCCACUUUUUCCCGGACACUUUUCUCUUCGCUUGGACACUUAAUGAAACCCCCAACUUGGAAGCGUACGAAACUCACAGCGGACCCUCCUCCUUGCCUUCGAGUAAGCCAUAUUUCCUUCUCCGGAGCGAGAGAAGAACCCGGAGAUUACUAUUCUCUCCCAUCGGCUUGCCCUUCCGGAUAUGGCUGCGCUUAUUUCUUUUCUUCUUUUCCGAGAUCCCUCUAACAAUUUAAUCCUGGUUGCAGAGCAUUUUGGUGUGGCACAUCUUAUAUCUAGAAUAAUGACUGACAUUUGCCAAUAAAGCGCCUGGCCUGUC